GCGGAUGCCUCGCGGGCCGGUGGCUAUGGAGGCGGCGGCGCUUGAUGGUUGACCGUUGGCUUCAGGGUAGGGGUCGCAGCUCCGGUGAUACGCUCAGAUCCGACCAGAGUGCGCGGGCCGCUGACGCGCGGCCUCGAGCUGGUGGGGAAGACCUAGCCCGGCUCCGCAAUGCCGGCCGGGAGUAACGAGCCGGACAGCGUCCUCAGCUAUCAGAGACCAGAUGAAGAGGCUGUGGUGGACCAGGGUGGGACUAGUACCAUUCUCAACAUUCACUAUGAGAAAGAAGAGUUAGAAGGUCAUAGGACUCUGUAUGUGGGAGUUCGGAUGCCACUGGGUCGGCAGAGCCAUCGGCAUCACCGCACCCAUGGCCAGAAGCACCGGAGACGAGGGCGAGGCAAAGGAGCCAGCCAGGGGGAGGAAGGCCUAGAAGCCUUGGCCCAUGAUACACCAUCUCAGCGUGUUCAGUUCAUUCUUGGCACUGAGGAAGAUGAAGAACAUGUGCCUCAUGAGCUGUUCACAGAACUGGAUGAAAUCUGCAUGAAAGAGGGAGAAGAUGCUGAGUGGAAGGAGACAGCCAGGUGGCUGAAGUUUGAAGAAGAUGUUGAAGAUGGGGGAGAACGCUGGAGCAAGCCAUAUGUGGCAACCCUCUCAUUGCACAGCCUCUUUGAGCUAAGGAGUUGCCUUAUUAAUGGAACAGUCCUUCUGGACAUGCGUGCCAAUAGCAUAGAAGAAAUUUCAGAUCUGAUUCUGGACCAGCAAGAACUGUUCAGUGACCUGAAUGACAGCAUGCGGGUUAAAGUGCGGGAAGCCCUUCUCAAAAAGCAUCAUCACCAGAAUGAAAAGAAGAGAAACAACCUCAUUCCCAUUGUUCGUUCCUUUGCUGAGGUUGGGAAGAAGCAGUCUGAUCCACAUUCAAUGGAUAAAAAUGGACAAACUGUGUCUCCUCAGUCUGUUCCAACUACAAGUCUUGAAGUAAAAAAUGGAGUGAAUUGUGAACACAGUCCUGUGGAUUUAAGCAAGGUAGACCUUCAUUUCAUGAAAAAAAUUCCCACUGGGGCAGAGGCCUCAAAUGUCCUGGUUGGAGAAGUGGAUACUUUGGACCGCCCCAUAGUUGCCUUUGUGAGGCUGUCUCCAGCUGUUCUUCUUUCAGGCCUGACAGAAGUGCCAAUCCCAACAAGAUUUUUGUUUAUCUUACUGGGUCCAGUAGGGAAGGGUCAGCAGUACCAUGAGAUUGGCAGGUCCAUGGCCACCAUCAUGACAGAUGAGAUUUUUCAUGAUGUUGCAUAUAAGGCAAAAGAACGAGAUGAUCUCCUGGCAGGCAUUGACGAGUUCCUAGACCAGGUGACGGUGCUUCCUCCAGGGGAGUGGGACCCUUCGAUUAGAAUUGAACCACCCAAAAACGUCCCUUCCCAGGAAAAAAGAAAAAUGCCUGGAGUUCCAAAUGGAAACGUUUGCCACAUAGAACCAGAGCUACAUGGGGGUCAUAGUGGGCCAGAACUUCAACGCACUGGGCGGCUAUUUGGGGGCUUAGUGCUGGACAUCAAGCGGAAGGCCCCCUGGUACUGGAGCGACUACCGGGAUGCACUCAGCCUACAGUGUUUGGCCUCCUUUCUGUUCCUAUACUGUGCCUGCAUGUCACCUGUCAUCACCUUUGGGGGAUUGCUUGGAGAAGCCACUGAGGGGCGCAUAAGUGCAAUUGAAUCCUUGUUCGGAGCCUCCAUGACUGGGAUCGCCUACUCCUUAUUUGCGGGACAGGCUCUCACCAUCCUGGGAAGUACGGGGCCAGUGCUUGUGUUUGAAAAGAUUUUGUUCAAAUUCUGCAAAGACUACGCUCUUUCAUACCUCUCCUUGCGAGCUUGUAUUGGGCUGUGGACCGCCUUUCUGUGUAUUGUCCUUGUGGCAACUGAUGCCAGUUCCCUGGUCUGCUAUAUUACCCGCUUUACUGAAGAAGCAUUUGCCUCCUUGAUUUGCAUAAUUUUCAUCUAUGAAGCAAUAGAAAAGCUGAUUCACCUGGCAGAGACCUACCCCAUCCACAUGCACAGCCAGCUGGACCACCUUAGUCUCUAUUACUGCAGGUGUACUGUCCCAGAGAAUCCAAACAAUCACACUCUACAGUACUGGAAGGACCACAACAUCGUGGCAACAGAAGUCCACUGGGCUAACCUGACUGUCAGUGAAUGCCAGGAGAUGCAUGGAGAGUUUAUGGGAUCCGCAUGUGGUCAUCAUGGACCCUACACUCCUGAUGUGCUCUUUUGGUCCUGUAUUCUCUUCUUCACUACCUUCAUCCUCUCAAGCACCUUAAAGACAUUUAAGACAAGCCGUUAUUUCCCAACCAGAGUACGCUCCAUGGUGAGUGACUUUGCUGUUUUCCUCACUAUCUUCACAAUGGUGAUUGUUGAUUUUUUGAUUGGGGUCCCAUCACCAAAGCUUCAAGUUCCUAGUGUGUUCAAGCCAACAAGGGAUGAUCGAGGAUGGCUUAUCAAUCCCAUUGGCCCUAAUCCCUGGUGGACUGUGAUAGCUGCGAUUAUCCCAGCUCUUCUCUGCACUAUCUUAAUAUUCAUGGACCAGCAGAUUACAGCUGUCAUCAUUAAUAGGAAGGAACAUAAGCUCAAGAAAGGCUGUGGCUACCACCUGGACCUACUAAUGGUAGCCAUCAUGCUGGGUGUAUGCUCCAUCAUGGGCCUGCCCUGGUUUGUCCCUGCCACUGUCCUCUCCAUAACACAUGUGAAUAGCCUCAAGCUGGAAUCUGAGUGCUCUGCUCCUGGAGAACAGCCCAAGUUCUUAGGCAUUCGAGAACAGAGAGUGACUGGCCUUAUGAUCUUUGUGCUGAUGGGCUGCUCAGUCUUCAUGACAACUAUCUUAAAGUUUAUUCCGAUGCCAGUACUCUAUGGAGUUUUCCUCUACAUGGGAGUUUCUUCACUACAGGGAAUUCAGUUCUUUGAUCGCCUGAAGCUCUUUGGGAUGCCUGCAAAGCACCAGCCAGACUUUAUCUACCUGCGCCACGUGCCACUCCGCAAAGUGCACCUCUUCACCCUCAUCCAGCUGACCUGCCUUGUCCUGCUCUGGGUCAUCAAGGCAUCUCCUGCUGCUAUUGUUUUCCCAAUGAUGGUUUUGGCCUUGGUCUUUGUCAGGAAAGUCAUGGAUCUCUGUUUCUCUAAGCGAGAGCUGAGCUGGUUAGAUGAUCUCAUGCCUGAAAGCAAAAAGAAGAAGUUGGAUGAUGCCAAAAAGAAGGCCAAGGAGGAAGAGGAGGCUGAGAAAAUGUUAGAACUGGGGGGAGACAAGUUCCCCUUAGAGAGUAGGAAGUUACUAAGUAGCCCUGGAAAGAACAAUUUCAGAUGUGACCCCUCUGAGAUUAAUAUAUCUGAUGAAAUGCCUAAAACCACAGUCUGGAAAGCUCUCAGUAUGAAUUCUGGAAAUGCAAAGGAAAAAAGUCUCUUCAACUAAGAGUCUUUGCUGGGAUGGAAGAUUUGGGCUUGAGGUGCCUCAGGGAAGUUCUGGUUAUAGAGAAAAUGGCGAGUCUCUCAGAGAAGAAGACGACCAAGUCUGGCCCUGUCCUUGGUCAUUCAAAGCCAUGCCGAAGCAUUCAGUUAUACUUGGUGUGCAUUGGAGGGCAUACAGCCAUCCCCAUACAUGCAGCCAGUCACCAGAUGUAAACAUGGAAGCAGAAGACCACCUCCUGUUGGUACUGCUCCUCUUCUUUUUUCUCUUUCUCUUCAGAACUGCCAUCAUUGAAGACCCAGCUUCCCAUUCUCCAGACAUUUUCUAUGAAACUCUGUACUGGCCUACUGAUUCAUAUGGAUCCAUUCUGCCACUGAGGAUUCCUUCAAUGAGGUCCCUCUUCCCAAAGGAUGGAGUGAGGGAACAGAGCUGAAAGGGAAGGCUUUCCAGGCCCGGUAAUAUCUGCAGGCUCCUAUGUAGUCCUGGGCCUGGGCUUAAAUGCCUGCUCUUGGAGGUGCUGGGCAGACCCAGGAGGGUGCUGUCAGGAGAGUCUGUAAUCUGGGUAUCAGUAGUGCCCACUGCCAUAGCUGAGAGAAUGCUUCCAACUUGGGGGGCAUCUUUGGCACUCCCUAGCAGCAGCCUGCAUAGCUCAGCAAGAACUGUGAAAGCUACAAAGGCCAGGAGGAACCCUGGAGUUGUUUAGCUUAGUUAGGAAAAGACUCAGGGGAAACUCAGUUAUGGUAAGUAUGGAUGGCUUCUCUUGGUUUUUGUAGAGGAUAAAAUGAGAGAAUGAGCUUAAAUUGUUAUAGUAGAAAUUAGACACUGGGAAGGACUUCCUAGCCUGAAGAUUUGUUGUAGUGUCUGUUUCCUAGAUACCUUGGGAAGACAUCUAGGUAUCUGGGAACAGUUGUUUGGGAGUAGAAAGGAGGGUAUGAUAUUUUAAUGGUCAUUUUGUGGAAAUAUUUGGAGUCUUGCUGCUGUCUCUGGAGGAUACAUUCUGCUUCCAUCCUGGAGAGAUUCAAGUGCUUAUGUACUGUCUCCUUAGCUGCCUUAGUAGUGAACCAUCAUCAGCUCAAUGGACCAAAACAACCGUCAACCACAUAAUUUCUUCAUCAUCAUGGAUGUCUUUUGAUUAACAAACAUUUUGGGUCUCAGAUAUAAAAACCACACUGAGAAAUGAACUGUAAAUGAAAUUAGAGCUCAAGCGUUUGAGCUCCAGUGCAUAUAGACCUUCCUUUCCUUUCCUUUAUGCACAGAAUGUCACUAGUAAGCCUAUUGGCACCCGGGGAAUCCAGUCAUGUUAGUUUUCCAUCCUGGAAAAUCUUUGUAUAGUGGGAAGUGCCCCUGAUGUGUUUUCCUUUCAUAGGUGAAGAGUUAGCUACAUGACUUUACUGAAUUUUGCAUUCUUAGACUCUUAAAAUAUAUUAUUGUAUUCUAGUCUUACUCUAAAGACUUUUGAUGUUGAAGGAAUCCUGAAUUUCUCUCAUAUUUCCCUGUCUCCUAGGGUCACAAUUACCUUAAUACAGAUGAUUUUUCAAAAUAUUUAACAAAUGGUACAGCCAGACACCAACCACUCAGAAUGGAUGCCUGCUUCAAACAAGCAGUAUAUAUGGCUGUACCAGUACCUGGUGACUGAAUGUCAUGUUGCUUUCAAAUAUUAAAACACCAUCCCUUUGAGUUGUGGAUAUGGCUCCUGGUUUGUUUGGGUCCUACUUACAGAUCUGUUUGAGGGACAGCCUUGACUUCUUUUCAUGUGGCGUAGUGUAGACAGGACUAUGUGGGCAUUAAAAUGUUUGUGAGCCAGGGGGCUUCACGUUUUAUCAUGUUAGGGUUAAUGUAAUAAUUGUACCCCUUCACCUACCUAAUUUGGAAAAUUUCAAAGGCAACCUGUCAAUAGGAAUAGCUUUCUUGCUCACCUUUUCCUGUCCCUUUCUGGCUGCUUUCUUGAACUUUCCUCUUUUUCAUCUUCUUUGCUCCCUGAGAACAUCCUCCAUUUUUACUUCACCUUGUCCUCCCAUCUUUUCUUACCACUCUCUGUUUAGGGAGCUUGGUGGCUGCUUUACCUGCUUCCCUAACCUCAAUGCAGCUAUAAGGAAUAUAACUGGGUAGAGCUUAUCAUGCACUACAUCCAGGUGACAGUAUCACUCCGAAAAAUAUCUUUUCUACCUUAUUAGUUUCUUUUGCUGCCUUGUGUACUCUGGGAUGCUUGAAGCUAGACCUGCCUCUAUUAACUCUUGCAGUGCAGGUACAGGACCACAUGUGCACUUUUGAGUCCUUCCUAAGUCAGACUUCCCUGAUCACUGUACCUUAGAAUGUUAGCUACUUUCGAUGGCUGUGCCAACUAAAGGCUAUUAGAUUUUCCUAACCACAAGCCAUCCUCAUUUCUGUCACAUCUCAAUGGUAGGAACCAUUCCCUAUUCUUACUCUCUCUUCCUUCCCAGUACCCACCAAGCACUCAACCCAAGUCCUAGCUGCUUCCUUGCUUAGGUCUGUGGCUAGUGACCACAGUAUCUGGGUCAAGCUUGAUCAGUGUUUAGGAUCGGAAAUGGGGUGAAGGUGAAGCAGCAGUACUGCAUUUGUGUGUAUGCGUAUGCUCAUGCACACAUGCCUUUGUGUGUGUGUCAGCAAGGGAGAGUAUAGCCACAAGAUUGCCUCACUACUAUUGCCUCUGUGUACCUAGCUGUGGGGACAUUAAAAAAAAAAAUCAUUCUUCCAUGUAAGGGGUUCCCAUCUCAGACUUCUUUGGUAAAAUAGCUAGAGGACAAAUCAAGGGAUAUUAAUCCAUAGAAAAAGAUUUAACUCAACAUGAAGGAGCAAACAAUUUAGAAGUGGAAAGAAUGGUAGGUAGUUAGGCAAUUUCCAUGCCUACAUUUGCUUGGGACAGAGAAGUGAUCUUUUUUUUAUAACAAGGGGAAAUUUCAGGAACAGUUUGAGUGUUGGCGGGCCAAGGCCAUGAGAGGCUGAUAGUGUAGAGGGAGGAAGGAAGGCCAGUCAAGGAUUUAAGAAAGUGAUAAGUAGAAUCUUGGUUCUAAGGGAAAAGAACUCGAGUUGCUAAGUGGGUGGGUUACUUGCUAGCCACGACUUUUCAGGAAGGGUUGGUUGAGAGAGAAAAUAAAGACAAAAAGAAGAAAUAUGCUAUGAAAUUGCCAAAUUGGUUUGAGUGCAUAAAACAUGGACUGGCUCUUUGUAGCUAGAUAUGAUUUACAACUUUAGAAAUUAGGAUAAUUGAGCGAUCUGAUCUUUUCCUCAUAUAGCUCCUAUCCCUGUCUCUUUAUUCAUAGAAACUGCUUUGAGGUUGAAGGAUAGCGAAUUACAUAUUUCCAAAAGAUGGUGAGAAUGUUUGCUAUUUUCUUUUUCUGGAGUAGGAGUAACUUUUAAAUGAGUCACAAAUGUUUGAUAAGAAUCUGGUUUGUGCUAAGUCCCAGUCUUGGUUGAUAGCUCAGGCUAUGAUAGCUAUGACCUUCAAGGGGACUCUAGUCUGUGAAAUCCAUGGUUUCUGGUCAUCCAAAAAAGAUAGCUCCUAAUUCUGCUUUAAUUUUUUUUACCCACUCAACUCUCCAGACUCCCCUGUUAGUAGAAGAAUCAAAUAAUUCUUACUGCAUCUUUUCCGUUGAUUUCAAUGUCCAUGUUCUGAGACUCAAGUUAUCCUGAAGCAUAGGAGCAGGCUUUUGACUUCAUUUUACCUAGCAUCAGAAACACUAUCCAGUUUUCUCUGCUACUUUAUCAGCUUCUGUAAAUUUGUUCUGCAAAGGAGUCAGCACCAUGUCUUAGGACUUUUAGAUAGUCAUCUUCACCAAUUUGUUACUGUGUUUUCCUUGGACUUUAUCGGUUUCCAAGUCAAUCCUAGCAGGACAACCAAGAGCCCUGCAGUGAAUGUUCUCGGCCUCCUGUACCUUUUUUUUUUUUUUUUUUUUUUUUGA